ACGAGACCCGACUCCAAAAUGUUGCAUUCGCGAGGUGAACGCGUCCCAUUAAUUAAACGAGGCCAGCAUCCCAUUGCGCAGGAACAGCAGAGGCAAGCACACGACGAGACGUCGGUGCGGAGACGAGCGUCUCACCAGCACGAUGGACCCCAGCAUAUAUCUAUGGAGGAAGUGUCCUUCCGAUCGGACGACGACGAGUCCGUCCCGUCUCGUCUCGACAAGGCGGACCGACGUUCGCGGCUGGGUCAAUGCGUUGGCCGCCUCCAGCAAGCGAUCCAACGGGGUGUUCUCAGAGUACUGCCCCCGCAAACGGACGAUCACGCUUUUGAAGACCUCACCAACGACGAAUCCUGGCGGUGGAGUUUCGGAACACGCGAAGACGACGGAGUGUGGUGCAACGUGACCGAUUCAGCAGGCCUUAUUAUUGCGAUCCUUGUAUGGGUACUCUUCCUCUACUCCGGCUUGACCUUGGUCGUACUCGCACAGAACGGCCAUUUGCCUAUGCCUGUUACUUUUUUGCAGUGUACCUUGUGUAACUUGGCGUUGGCCUCGCACGCUAAAACCAUGCUCACCGACCCCGGGACCGUACCGGCCUCGGCCAUUCCUUCCCCUAAUCCCAGUGUGCGAUUCCACGCCAUGUGCUCCGUGUGCAACGUCUUUAAACCGGAGCAGGCACACCAUUGUAGGAUAUGCAAUCGAUGCGUCAGUGGAAUGGACCACCACUGUCCGUGGAUGAACAAUUGUAUCGGCACCGGCAACCUGAAACAUUUCUUUUUGUUUUUGAGCUAUACGUGGACGGGAUCGGUCUUGGCGUUAAUUCUCUUUAGCGUCAACUAUUUUGGCUGCAACAAUGAAAACUGUGAAUUCAGCGGUGUGGAAAUACAAUUGGUGCGAGUCAUGACUUGGCUUUGUAUCGGGGCACUCUUGUUUACCAGUAGUAUGCUUAUGAACGUCAUUUACACGAUAAUGACGGGUGUCGGUACGAUUGAUCGGCUCAAGAAAAAGGCCAUGAACGAGUGGAACGAGGCUACGGAAGACGCCAUUCCGAUGCGGACGAUCUUUGGCAUUGGUCCCCGGUGGACCUGGUGCCUACCCACCGAUCCUUUGUGGGACUCGUACGAUGCCGUCAUGGGCUACGCCACGGUGGAACAAAUGCGCCGGGCCCGACAGGGGGCUCCGGAAAAAGGCCCCGUGAAAAACAACCCCCUAGCGUACAACAAAGUAGACGUGUAA